GUUUCCUUCCUGGCUCAUGCUCGAUGGGGAUGCCGCGCUUCUCGUCCGAGCUCAAGAGAGGGAUCAUGAGGGGCAGCUCAGAAGUCGCUUACUUGGGAUCGAUUCUGGGCCUGCUGGCAUUCCUGCAAGCGAUUCUUCCUCGAGAGAUUUGGUACGUGCUACAGGAAUGGGUCCGAAAGCUACUGCUUUGGGUGUCUUUCUACAUCAGAGUGGAUGUCUACGAGCUGGACGACAACCACAGCAAUGAGAUUUAUGAUGCGGUGAAGCUGCAUAUCGCGAGCAUCACAGCCGAUCAGUACGCUUCCGCGCGAAGGCUCACCAUCAGCAAAGCGAAAGGCGCGGUGAAGCCGAGCUUUCGCCCGGCUACCAACGAGCAAAUCGUCGAUACAUUCCAGGGAGUCCAGUUCUGGUGGGUGCAUCGCGUCAAGCCUCUCCAGCCGAAAGGAAGUUCUCCAGCUUAUUGGGGCCAGAGUAGGUCUGACGAGAAGCGGUACUUCACUCUCACGCUCCACCGACGCUAUCGACAAAGUUUGCUACCGGCCUACUUGGAUCACAUUGCCGAGAAUGCUAAAGAGCUGGAUCGCCAGAACAGGGCCAGGAAGCUCUACACGAACGCUCAAAGUGAUGGAAGGAGGCCCUGGGAGUAUGUCCCUUUCAAGCAUCCCGCGACUUUCAAGAGCAUGGCUAUUGACGAUGGUCUCAAGCGGAAGAUCAUGGAUGAUCUCAAUGCCUUCAAAGUUGGACAGAGCUUCUACGACAGAGUGGGGAGGGCAUGGAAGCGGGGUUACUUGCUAUAUGGCCCGCCUGGGACCGGGAAGUCCUCGCUCAUCGCUGCUAUAGCAAACUUCACCGACUACGAUGUCUACGAUUUGGAGCUGACGGAAGUGAAGAGUAAUGCGGAGCUGAGAAGGUUGCUUAUGAACGUCAAGAAUAAGUCGGUGAUCGUGAUCGAGGAUAUAGACUGCUCGCUGGAGCUACAGAACCGUGGACAGCUACCGAAAGAUGUGGAGAGCGCCGCAGAAGAAGAACUCGCCGCAAGUGCCGAUCAGAGAAAGAAGAAGGAGAAGGCCGACAGGGAGAGAAGCAGGGUCACUCUUUCUGGAGUUCUCAACUUCACCGACGGGCUUUGGUCGUCAAUCGGGGACGAGAGGAUUCUCAUCUUUACGACAAAUCACAUCGACCAACUCGACCCCGCGCUGCUUCGCUCUGGCCGCAUGGACUUCCACAUUCUGAUGACGUACUGCUCCUUCCAAGCGUUCAAAGUCUUGGCGUCAACGUACCUCCUCCUCGACGAUCACGAGCUGUUCGUGGAGAUUGAAGAGCUCCUGGGAGCAGUACAGAUUACUCCUGCUGACGUAGCCGAAGUUUUCAUCCAGUACAAGAACAAACCGGAUGCUGCGCUCGAGAAGCUAAUCAAGGAACUUCAAGCUAGAACUUCCGGAGGAGGAGACUGACAUUCGUAUGAGAAAGGCUUCGAGCAUUGCAUGGUACGUCCAUCUAAGUUUAAUCAGAUAGAUUUCACGUUUCUACUAAAGUUGUGGUGUCUGGGAUAUUUUCCUCUGUGGCCGCCUUCUUGGCCUUGGAGUUCCUGAGAGCUGCAAUCUAGCGCAGCCGUCACGAUGCUCCUGUUCUGGAUCAGAAGCUCUGCGAUCUCAGCCGGCGCGACCUGAUAAGCUCCUCGAUCCUUGGAGUUAGAUGGUGGUCGUCAAGCGGAGUCGCAGUAGGAGAGGUGGAUGUGCAUAUCCAUGCUCCCAGAGUGCCGGAUCGAGUUCCUCGAUGUGAUUCGGGGUGACGAUGAGGAUCCGCUCGCUGCCGGUGGACGACCAGAGGUCAUCGGUGAAGUUGAGAAGGCCCGACAAGGCGCUUCUUCAAGUUGAGCGAGCAGUCGAUGUCCUCGAUCGGUGGUGCUUAGCUUCAAGUUGUUCUUGACGUCGGUGCGUAGACGUCGUAACUGGUGAAGUGAGCUAUGGCAGCGAUGAGCAACGACCGGGCCGGGCCGUAGAGGACAUAUCCCCGCUUCAAUGCUCGACCGAUCUUCCGGAAGUAAGCCUCGCCGUCCAUGAAUCCCAGGAGAUCAUCCUUGAUCCUGCGCUUGAGCUCCCCCAUAGGUGGUGGGGUGGUCGAAAGGCACGGAUUAGUCGAAAGGCACAGAAAUAGGUAGUCGGGGACGAGAGUGUGCAUGCCACGACCAGAGUGAAAGAUCGCUUCUGAGAUAUGCCGCUGCUGCUCUCGACGACCCGGCGGACCCACUUGAAAGGCACGCCGCGGAAGAUCUCGGCGACGCUCUCGGCCGAAGUUUGGCGCGCGAGAGAGCCGCUGGUUGAAUGUCGACGCGCCGAUCCAGUUGAUGGUGGUUUUCGGAGACCAUGUGGGGAGAGAAGAUAGGAGUAACUGUCGCGGAGCUCUGUGUUGACAAUGAGACCGAUGAUGGAGCCGAUAUAAGCCACGCCAUUGUCUCCGGUCUCAUUUCUCAAAUGUCUUUCAUACAUAUUUUUUGUAGGGAAUAUACUUAAAAUAUCUAAGUA